CCCCGCACCCGCCCAGCCGCGGGGCCGCCUCCGGCAUGCGGAGCUGCAAGAUGGUGCGGGUGGCCAGCGUGCUGGGGCUCGUCAUGCUCAGCGUGGCGCUGCUCAUCCUGUCCCUCAUCAGCUACGUCUCGCUCAAGAAGGACAACAUCUUCGGGGCGCCCCGCGCCGCCGGCGCCGCCGGGCCCCGCAUGUACAUGUUCCACGCGGGAUUCCGGUCUCAGUUUGCGCUGAAGUUCCUGGACCCCUCGUUCGUCCCCAUCACCAACUCCCUGGGCCAAGAGCUGCAGGACAAGCCCUCCAAGUGGGUCUUCAACCGGAGCGCCUUCGCCCACCAGAGGCAAGAAAUCCUUCAGCACGUUGACGUCAUCAAAAACUUUUCUCUGGUCAAGAGCAGCGUUCGGAUCGGGCAGCUGAUGCACUACGAUUACUCCAGCCACAAGUAUGUUUUCUCCAUCAGCAAUAACUUCAGGUCUCUGCUUCCUGACGUGUCUCCCAUCCUGAACAAGCACUACAACAUCUGCGCCGUGGUCGGCAACAGCGGGAUCCUGACCGGGAGCCAGUGUGGGCAGGAAAUUGAUAAGUCAGAUUUCGUCUUUCGGUGCAAUUUUGCUCCAACUGAGGCUUUCCAGAAAGAUGUUGGAAGGAAAACCAACCUUACCACCUUCAACCCCAGCAUCCUGGAGAAGUAUUACAACAACCUCUUGACCAUUCAGGAUCGCAACAACUUCUUUUUAAGUCUGAAAAAGCUCGAUGGGGCCAUUCUUUGGAUCCCCGCUUUUUUCUUCCACACCUCGGCGACAGUCACGAGAACACUGGUUGACUUCUUUGUCGAGCACAGAGGGCAGCUGAAGGUCCAGCUGGCUUGGCCAGGAAACAUCAUGCAGCACGUUAACAGGUACUGGCGGAACAAGCACCUGUCCCCGAAGCGGCUGAGCACGGGUAUCCUCAUGUACACCCUGGCUUCGGCCAUCUGCGACGAGAUCCACCUCUACGGGUUCUGGCCCUUCGCCUUCGACCCCAACACGCGGGAGGACCUCCCGUACCACUACUACGACAAGAAGGGAACCAAGUUCACCACCAAGUGGCAGGAGUCCCACCAGCUGCCUGCAGAGUUCCAGCUGCUCUACAGGAUGCACGGUGAAGGACUGGCCAAGCUCACCUUGUCGCAUUGUGCCUAA